AUAUCAUUUUUUAUAUAAAAAUUAUAAGUAAAUUAUUUCAUAUACUCUAUUUUCCAAAUUAAUAUAAUCAAUUCAUCAUCAUGUUUUACAGUAUAUCAUAAUCAUAAUAACAAUUCAAUAAUUAUCAGUUUAUCAUCUAAUUUUAGUGUUGAAUUAAUAAAUUAUAAUAACAUUCAUUCAUUUCACUGAAAACGGCGUCGUUUACAAGAUGAAUAACGGCGGUGAUAUAUGUUCGUCGGAGACGGUCGUUGUCGGCGAAAAUGUACUCAGUUGUGAUGAAUCCAAUCUUUCAUCCGCCGAUCAUCUCGUCGUCGUGGUCAACGGAAUCCUUAGAAGCUAUGGUGGAAAGAUUGUGUGGGGGAGCAACGGCAACGAGCUUCGGUACGUUGGCAACACCAAUGGGAUUCUAGCAGUUGAUCGCGAUAUCACUUGCACGGAGUUGAUUAUCAAGUUAUGGGACAGAUGUAGACAAUCCAUGCGUUUGAGGUGUAGCUUGCCCGGCGACGAUCUUGGCUUGUUAAUUCUCAUUACGUCGGAUGAGGAUCUUGCUUUUAUUAUCAAAGAAUACAAUCGAUACGGGAAAGACUUGAAGAUUAGAGCAAUACUCGACGAUGUGCCAAUCUUUGAAGAGCAGAUGAAUGAUCAAGUCUUCAACAUUCAUUAUGGUUCUUGUCAUGCUAGAACACAACAUAAUGUCAAUAAUGCAUGGUUCAACUUCUACUCGUCUAUUUUCAUUAGUUUGUUGAAUUACUAAUGAUGAAUUGAGUAAUAUUCAUUAGUUUGUAGUGUGAAGAAUGUUAAUCGUUAAUUACAUGACAAUCGCGAAAA